GAAGAAAAGCCUUUUAUAUCCGGGGUAAGGUUCCUGUUAUCCGAGUCGUGAGUCGCUGAGAGUCAUUCAGAGUUGGGGCAGAUUUAAAGGAAAAGUAUUUUUUCAGAGUUAUUCCUGUCAUCACUGGUGACGCGGAUCUUUUUAUUUGUCCUGAAUAACUUUUUGUUUUAGGAUAGAAAGUGUGCUUAGUUGUAGAAAGUGCUGAGCUGUGACCGAGUGAUGCAACAUGGCAGCAACUGGCAGGUUUCUGUCAGCUGUUAUUAGGAUCCACUGCCGUGGACUGGACACUGUGGGACAGAGGACACUCUCUUGUCUUCCAUCUGUCCUGAUCGGAAAAGAACCAGAGACAAACCCACGGUUUAAAAGCCGAGGAUCGGAUGGACGCAGCAGCCUGGACCACAGAGAUCCAGCCUGGAAGGAAGGAGGCGGUCGGUCAGGCAGCUCUGCCCGGCUCAGGUCUCUCUCUGUGGGGCUGGGGCUCUGCGGAGCGGCGCUACUGGACCGCUUAAGGGAGGAUCAGGUGGAUUCAGAGGGAUCUCCAGGAUCCAGCAGCUUUUUAAGACUCUUUCUGCCCUCUGCUCAGUGCGCCUCCCCGUUUAGACCCGACAGCCCCCGCUUCAGAUACAACUUCAUAGCUGAUGUGGUGGAAAAAUCCACUCCAGCUGUGGUGUACAUCGAGAUCGUGGGCAGACAUCCGUUUUCAGGAAGAGAAGUCCCGGUGUCGAACGGCUCGGGUUUCAUAAUCAGCAGCGACGGUCUGAUCGUCACCAACGCUCACGUCGUGGCCAACAAGAGAGGCGUCAGAGUGAAGCUAACCAACGGCGACACGUACAACGCCACGGUGCAGGAUGUCGAUCCCGGCGCAGACAUCGCCACCAUUAAAAUCACUUCAACUGUAAGGAAGGAAGAAACGUUACUAAAGCUUUUCUCCGCCUCUUUUGUGUAUUUUUCCCACUCUUGUGAGCAGAAACCUUUUCCCACGCUCAAACUGGGUCAGUCGUCGGAGGUUCGUCAAGGAGAGUUCGUGGUUGCCAUGGGGAAUCCGUUUGCUCUCCGGAACACGAUCACUUCGGGGAUCGUCAGCUCGGUGCAGAGAGGAAGCAAGGAGCUGGGCCUGUCCAACUCCAACAUGGAUUACAUACAGACAGACGCAACCAUCGACUUUGGAAAUUCUGGAGGGCCUCUGAUUAAUCUGGAUGGGGAAGUAAUCGGCAUAAACACCAUGAAGGUCACUGCAGGAAUCUCAUUCGCCAUCCCGUCUGAUCGGGUGAAACUUUUUCUGAGUCAAGCAGCAAAAAGAAAAACCUCUCAGGUUGGUGACUUGAGUGUGAAACCUCGGUACAUCGGUGUCAUGAUGCUAACGCUAACACCAAGAAUUAUAGCAGAGCUGAAGAUGAGAGACUCGUCUUUUCCUAACGUCAACCAUGGCAUUCUGAUCCACAGAGUCAUCCCCAGCUCACCAGCCAGCAGAGCUGGGAUGCUGCCAGGAGACAUCGUGUUGGAGAUCAACGGGGUCCUGGUGAACACCUCUGAGGAGAUCUACAGGGCCGUCAGGAGCAGCGACACCAUCAACAUGGUGGUCCAGAGAGGAAACGAGCUCUAUAAACUCAAAGUCACACCGGAAUACAUCGAGUGACGGUGGCUGACGCACACUGGUGGCCAAACGUUUGCCAGGAACAAAACUGUGAAACUUUAUGUAUUAAUGUGAACAUUUUUAUUCAUAUAGAAUGAAAGUUGAAGUGUGGGCAUAUUUUAGCAGCUUUACUGUUAAUUUCCCAAACAAAUGUCAAAUAUUCCUGGGUUUUCCUGCUGAUUUCAAUAUUUGUACAACAAGCAAACUGCAUAGGAAAUCAUGGACAGUUUUUAAAAUAAAAGACUGAAAACAG